AUGACGGAGAAGAUCUGCUUUGACAGGAACUCUGUUAGCUCGGUCCACGACUUUCAAGUCAAAGGAACCUUCAGGAUCUUUACGGAGACUUUUCUCAGCGAUUUGUUGAUCGACAACGAGUGCCAAUGCGAAGGCGAGCCAGUGAAUCCGGUUCUUCCACUUGAGCUGGUCUUUGUCAUCGACGGAUCUGACUCGUUCAACCAAGGAGUUAGAAACCAGCGGGGACUGAUUGAAAAGGAGGCGUCUUUCAAGUACACUUGCGAGUGGGUGGCGAACUUCGUCAAGUCAAUCAAUCCAUCACAUUACCCGGCGGUGGUUGUCUCUGUUUUCCAGUUCUCUGGGCAGAAGUCGCACGAGGCCCGCUACAAACCUGGAUCGGGCGGCCUUGCUUCCACCUCGAUCGAUGGCGUCAAGGACUGGCACUACAAGACGAUCCUCAAGCCAACUCUUCUCCGCCCGAACAUGUCUACGGUCAAUCUUGUCGACACAAUCAAGAAGCAAGAGCAGCUCGACUCCAACUGUCAACUUUUCCUCUGUCUCCAAGAUUUGGGUAUGAGCAACUUUCUUGCGCAAAUGGACCAGGCAGUGCCGAGAGAACUAGGCGCAACAGCAGUCGAACGGGCAAUGAUAAUCCUGACAAACGGAAACAAUUGGGACCUCAAUACAUUGAAGCGAUGGGACGAGCCCACUGUCGUCACAGAUAAGGCACGUGUGGCCGCACUGCUCAGCAAAUCGUACAACAACGUCGUCCCAAUCUGCGUCCAAGACGAGCCGCUCGACCCAGAAGCCAAACAAUUCGUCAGCUCCAAGCUUUCCAAGCCGCGCAACACAGGCAUCGUCGUCGAAAACAACAAAUUUUUCGAGCAAUUGGCCGCCGCCAAGACUGCUCUCCUGCAACGACUAAAGCUCAACUGA